UACACAUCUCUCUUCUGUCGAAAAAACGAAAAUAUAUGAAAAAAAAAAUGACUCAAUCGUCUAUUUUUAACCAGACUUUAAAGGUAAAAUUAAAAAUGUUGAGCUUUUCAAUUUUAGUUUGUUCUGGUUGUAAAUCGAGAUCGCACACAUCAUAUUAAAUUAAAAUAGGAAUAUCGUCAAAAGCGGCAAAAGCUGAUCGCGACAAAUAAAAAAAAUUUAUAUUUCUUCUUUUCUCCUCAAAAGCGAAAAUAUUUACAUAUAUAAAAAUAUAUAUUCGCAUUACAUACGUAUAUGUGAUGAUGAAAGGAGAAUAGGCAAGAUUGAGAUAUAGUCGGAUAGAGAAUGUUAAGAGAAUAAGAUCAUAAAAAUUAUACAGCUAUAAGAAAAAAAAACAUCGAAAAAAAUACAAAAAAGAAAAAAUAAAUUAAAUGUUUAACAAAAACUAAAGUUCAUAUUCUCCACUGUUUGCUUAUUUCUAUAGCAUGGAUAUAUAAAAAGAUAUAAAAUAAAUUUUUUUACACAAGAAAUACAGAAAACAUAACUAUAUUAUUUUAUACAUUAUAUACAUAUUCGAAUGAAUAAAAUUACGAAUAUUUUUAAAAUAGAAGAGAAAAAGAGAGAAUCUCAACAAAAAAAAAGUAGAGAAAAUAAGAAGUAAAGAAAAGUAUAGUGUCUAUUAAAAAAAAGUGCGACAUCAUAACAAUCUAAACAUACACAAGAAAAAACGAAUAUAUAUGUGGUACAUAUAUAUAAAAACAUAUUAACACAUCUGCUUAAUAUUUAUUUUAAUAGAUUAAUAUAUAAUAUAUUUAAAACUUAAAAAAAUUACUCAUUUUAAGAUAAAAUUCUUACUUGUGAAACAAAAUAAUCAAAGAACAAAAGAAGUCCCGCGACAAAAAUAAAAAUGUCUGCAACAAAAGAAUAUUCAUCAAAUGUUGUGAGAGUGUUACACCCAACAACCAAUUCGAAUUGGGAUGAGCAGCAGGAACAUUACGAGAGUAAAUCGACUCGAAAUAUAUUAGAUUCAUCUGAUCAACAACUAACAUCAACAAAUUUUAUAAGACAAGCCCAAACGAAUUAUAGUUCCCGAAGUAACUACAGCACGAAAAGUAAUAGAGAAUAUGUAGAUGAUGACAUACUCUUACAAUCACCGUCAAAUAGACCAUCAAAUCAACAUAAAAUUACAUCAAAAAAAGUAAUAAAAAAUUAUUCAACAACAACACCUGGUGCUAAUAUUGCAAGCAGCGGCGGUGGAAAUGUUGAUUAUUUAGAUGAAUUACUUGAUGAUUUAAAAAAUGAACGUGCCAAUACUGAUUUCAAUGAUUAUACAACAUCAACAUCAACAUAUAAAUAUGGUGGUAGUUCAUCAAAUAUUCCUGAUACUGCAAACAUAAAUAAGAGAAAUGAAUAUUAUGACACAAGAUUACAUCAUCGUGGUAUAAGUUCAGGUAAUUUAAUUGAACAUAAUCCGCAUACUGGAGCAACAAUUAAAAGAACUGAACAUAUUGAAGUUUUGCCCCAAGGUGGUUCAACAAUACAACGUUCAAAACAUGUUGAAGUCUUAAAUUCUAAAAGUCUUGAAACAGUACCAUUGUUACCACACACCAGUGAAAAAACUUCAACUAUUAAGCGUGAUGUUACCAUACAAAAUUUAAAUAAUUCAGACGAAUUACCGUUAGAUGGUAGCAUAGCUGAAGAUCUAUUACCAUUACCUGGUACAAAAGUAACAACCACUGUACGUACAUAUACAUAUGAAGUGCCAUCUGUUGUAACAAGGACAAAUGUUUUAUAUCAUGAUGAUACACGUACAAUUCCACAAUCAUCGACAAGUCCGCAACCAUCAACAAUAAUAAACAAAAAUUAUUCGGAGAAAACAACAAAAAUACAUGACAAUUAUUCAACAACAACUGAUACACGUAUACUUAGCGGGAAUUUACCAUCAUCGCCUAAUGAUACAAUACCAGUUAAUGCAACAUUACCACAUGUUCAUGAUGGACCAGAUUCACCCGGUCAUCCAGGACCAAAACGGACGUAUUAUUAUAAACACGAAGUUCAUAAUACUAAAAACACGGUAAAUCAACCACCCCCACCUCAACCUUAUAUUAAUGAAUAUCAUAUCACAAAGAAUACAACCAAUACAACAACCACAAAUAGAUACCAACCAAAUGAUGAUUCACCAACAAGUUUAAGGCCAAUAUCGCCGGAGUCUAUAUCGCCAAUUCCACAACCACCGGUAACACACCACACUUACAUUACAAAAACAACGACAACGAAUGAUUACAUUGACGGACCACCACGUGAUUUAAGCCCAUAUGAUGGACCAAAUAGACCGCAUUAUGGACCAGAUACUUCUCGACCACAUCCACCUGGAUGGGGUCCCGUAAGUGGUGGUGGCCAUCCACCAGUGACUCAAACCUAUAUUAGAACUCACGAGAAAACAACAAGUUCAACGAUGCCAUUCCCAAUAAACGAAUCACCUAAUUAUCCAUCAUCACCAAAUGGUGGGGUAGCUCAACCACCAAAAAACGUCAAUGAAUUGAUGGCAUCGCUUGAUAGAAAUCCAAAUGAUACUGAUUCAGAUGAAUUAAGGAGAAAACGCGAAAUUGACACAUCAGUUGCUAACACAGAUAAUAAAGUUCGAGUACCAUCAAAAAAUCAGGCUGGCCCGCCAGUAUUUUAUCCACCAAAUUCUGAAAUGACAUUGCGGCAAAAAGAAGGUGGAGGUGCAUGGAGAGCUCAAGGUGGUUACGCUGCUGGUGCAUCUGGAUAUGAAUAUCAAGCUGAAUCAAGCUCAAAAACGAAGAGUAAAUCUGGUGCAGCUGUAGUACCUGUCUGUUUGCCAUUAUGUUGUGCUAUGCCAUGUGUACUUAUGUAAAAUAUCAGAAUUCUAACGAAUUAAAACAAUUUUUUUCUAAUUUUAAUAUCUUUUUUUUACAAAGUGUUAAAAUGGCUUCUUUUGUUUAUACAAAAAAAAUAUUUCAAAAAAAAACGAAAGCAUGUUUUAUUUUUAGUGCAAAAAAAGUGGAAUUUACAUUAAGAACUACUAUUGAACAUUUUUUGAAAAUCAAGAAAAAAUUUAAAAUUUACAUUGCUAUACGUUAUUUUAAUUAAAAAUUGGAAAAAUUAAGUAAACAAAAACAGAAAUUUUUUCUUUGUUUUUUUUUCAUUCUUUUCAAUGAGUUCAGUUUUAUUAUUUAAACUUCAAUAGGCAAUCAAAUAGAAAAAGAAAAUAAUUUGAAACAUUUCAUGAUGUCAUCAAUAUUAAGUAUGAUGUAAAUACUACUUUAAAAAACGCGUUAAAAAAUAUUUUUAAAAAAUAUUUCGAAAGCAUUUCUAAAUCAAAAUGUAUGAAAAAUAUGUAAAAAAAUAUAUGUAUAAUAAAAUUUAAAAGAUCAGAAAUCAAUAAUUUAAUAACCCGAAAUUACGAGUGCUGUAUAUUAAUAAAUUUGCCAGAAAUUUCUACAAUAUAUGUAUAUGACAAAAAUGUAACAUUUUAACAAAAUUUUAAUUAUUUUUGUACUAUAAAAGUAAUUUUAAAAAAUUCAUAAACUGCUUGUAUAUUGUAAAAUAUUAAUGCACUUGUAGUUAAGGUGUUAUAACGCCACCCACAUGAUGUAUAGAAUUACAAUAACUUUGCUUUACGCGUCAUUCUAUAUCAAAUAAAUAUGUAUAAAAUUUUAGUGUUUUAUAGUAAGUCAGUUUUUAUUCACUGCAAAAUGAUAUUAAAAAAAAUUACAUUUUAAACUAAUUUUGACUAAAACUUUUAUAACUCAAAAAUAUUUACCUACUUUUUGGUUUUUAGUUUAAUUUUAUUAAGAAAAUUAUUAUGGAAAUUAUUUUAAUCAUUUUGUCCAAAUUAAAAGAAAAUUUUACUAAGAAACGAA